CCAUUCAGGCCCCGUAGAAAUUUAUGAAUGGCAUAGUUUAGGCACAAACCUUGUCAACAGCGCCAUCUAGUCACGGAUUUCAGGAACGGACGUUGACAUUGUUGAACAAAUAUUGCUACUCGACAGCAAAUAAAGGCUUGAGUUCUAACUUAUAAAACUAAUACAAAUCUACAUUUACAGUUUGUUACAUGCAUAAUAUACAUUUCGUUUAUUCGUGAAAUAUUGCUGAGUUUUAGAAAGGAAGCAUAUUUAUUUUAUACCAAACAUCACAUAAUUUAACGUUAAAACAAUUAUUUUUAUGAUUAAAUGACAUUAAAAAAAAAACAAAGCUUAUUAUUGAGGUAAAUGUUCAGAACAAUCUGAGGCCAAACUUCUAAGUUCUAAAGGGGAAGGAUGACAGGAAAGAAGGAUAGAAGACUGUGCAGGAAAUGUUGAAAUCCACAGUGGUAAAUAAAAGGAAGCCUGGUUUGGGAUACAAUUUAUUUGAAGUCGUAGUUACAUGUGAAGAAGGUUUAGCAUUUUUGAUCCUCAGUAAUAAUCACUUAAUACAUUUGAUUAGACGCAUGGCUUUUCUGCUAAGAACCGUGGUGCUGCUUUUAGAAGUCCUAGGAACCAUCUCUGUAUGGACAGUAAGCAAGAUAACAGUUCAAAGUGGAGAAUCUGUCACCAUUCCCUGUCACUACCAUCGGCUGCACAAUGACUUGCCAAAGUUCUGGUACAAAGGCAAGAACUGGCUUACCUGUGUGAAACUGCAACCCACCAACCAAGUGAAUCGAACAGGCAUCAGCUUUUACAACAGCCCAGAUGAACUGGUAACAACCAUGACGAUGACAAACCUGCGCAGCAGCGAUUCGAACCGCUACUGGUGUGCAGUCAAAAUACGAGGUUCCUUUGUCAGAACAGCUCUAGAACUUACCGUCACUAAGGGUACUCCAGAUCUGUCAGCGGCCAGCAACAAGGUGUCAGGUGAAGAGGGCGGCAAUGUUACUGUACAGUGUCUCUACAGUGACAAUUUUAAAGAUAUUGAGAGAAAAUGGUGCAGAAGUGGAGAUCUGCACUCCUGUCAAACGGCUCAGGAUAUAGAGCCAUCCCUUGGUGCAGCUCUACAGAUAAAUGAUACAAAUGAUGGGGUUUAUACAGUGACACUGACAGGACUAAAGACGACAGACGCAGGCUGGUACUGGUGUAUGGCUGGGCAAGUGCAGGUUCCCGUUCAUAUCAAUGUUGAAUCGAGACAACUCAUUACAGAUUCCAACACAAGACCUUUCACGGUUACAACAGCACAAUCUUUCACUUCAUCUAACUCUUUUGAUGUACACAACCAUAAUUCAGUAGCAACACUUUUACCCACAACAUCAAAAUUACCUGAAAGUACUUCAGUUCAGACAGAAGAAACUGACCAGACAUCUACAGCAUCACCAAAGCAGUUUCAUUCAACGACACAGUCCUCAUCCUAUCCAACCACAACGGAGAACUCAAAAAAUGACCCAUCUCACAGCAGUAGUACUGUUAGGACAACACUAACCAGCAGAUCAACAACUCCACAUGUUGGUAGUAACUCUACAGUUACUCUGUCAUCUAAAGAUCUGACAUUUGAACCCAAAACCACUUAUGAAAGCAGAGACCUUAUUUGGGUGAUUGCACUAGUUUGUGGUGCACUGAUAUUAAUGUUAACUGUGAUUUCCUGGAAAUUGUGGUCAUGGCAUAAGAAGGCAAUCACAAGAGAGGAAGCAACAGAAAUAACAACAGACCUCCAUGAAAAUGACAGCGUUGAUCUGCUGGGCAAUGAAUGGACAAAUGCUUCAGUUGUGCAGUUCAGCACAGACACAAACACUGUCCUAAUAACGUAACCUGUUAAACACAAAGAUGGAAUAGAGUCUCUGACUAUCAAGUUUCUGUGUCAAGAGCCACUCUCCUGCAGAAUUUAGUUUCAACACGAUUUAAUUGAAUCAACUAAUUAAUGUAUUUGGAUUUACUUGAAAAUGACAGCCAGGUGUGUUGGAACUAAACUCUGCAGGUAAGUGACUCUCCAGAAGCAUGAAACAGCUCCAUAGUAUUUCACCAAGACAGUAAUCUCCAUGUCUAAAAUGGCUUGUUUUCUCACGUGUUAUGAUAGCUUCAGCAAAGAAUGAAAUAAUUUUUAGAAACAAAAACAGUUCUUAAUAUAUGAAGCAGUUUCACAAGGAAGCUGUGACCUUGCGCAUUCAUUUAAAAAUAGUUACAGACCUGACAGUCAGGUUUUUAGUCAUUUUAAUCUGUCCCUCCAAAUCUUCACUUCCCUUCUACUUUUUUUCUUUAAAGAAAAUCCAUCUGUUUGUUUGCAUAACUUCCCAGUAGACUUAUAACUCGAUACUACUAUGCUUAGUUGGUGUAUGUUAGAAUAUGUGUAAUUAUAUGACCUGAUCAAGCAUGUACAAACCUUUCAAGCAAAGCUAAUUAUAAAGACAGUUGAAUGGAACAACAUAAUACAAUAUAUAACAAAGCACUAAUAAUGAUCAAAGGAAGUGUAAUACAAACAUAGAAGUUAUUAAUUAAUUUAUUUAAAAUUUUACUAUUACUUUAACUGCAUAGAAUUAACAAUUCCCGGUAAACAAGCAACCUCACAAAUGGGACCAAACAGUAUGGAUUACUUAACGGGCGAUUCUAUUUUUUUAAUUGGGUGGCACAGGGGGGACCAAGAACCAAGAAUGGGAAAAGUCAUGUGCCCCAACAUCAAAAUGGCACUGUAUAAGUGCUUGGACCACUCAUCUCGCUUUUUAUAAAUAAAAACAACUGAACAGACUUGUUCUCAACUUAUUUUAUUGUCCAAACAAGUGUCUGUCUCUGUGUGUGUGUGUGUGUGUGUGUCUGUCUUGUGAACAUUUUGUAAAAAUUGUUCAUGUUCUGACUUUCACCUGUUGCUGCAGAUAGAUGGCUGCUGGUGUAGUCCUCACUGGCCCUCUCAAAUCCAAAUAUGUUGCCAAAAGGCCACAUCCAGAUCAACAGAAUGGUCUCUGGUUCUUUCUCUUUAGAUGUUCCUAUCAGAUGUUUGUCCAAGGUGAUGUUCGCAGUGCACUUGUAGUUCUGCAUCUUAAGAACACUGAGGCAAGUUUCUGCGCUGAUGUUAUUUAUCUGGACGUGAGCAGCAGUGGAUUUGCUGAACUAGUUUUUGGUUGCGUUGUAGCACAUCUAGAUUGUAAAACACGUCAUCAAAAACAUGUCCUUGUUUAUUUAUUGUUUAUUGUUAUUACUAUAUAAUAACUAAGUUAUGCAUAACUAAUCCUAAACCAAACCCUAAGCCUGAGUACUUCUGAGUAACUGGUAUUAACUUAUGUUUCAUUAAAACAUAUUAACCACAGUUUUCAAUCAUUAAUCGGAUAUGACUAAACGAGGA